UCAUCAAAAGCUCAUUUUCUCUUUGUAAGAUAAAUAAUUUUGUACCUUUCCUUCAACAACUUUGUUUGGCACUUUCUCUCCUUAGCCUUCUUCCCUCUUUGUCUUUCUAAACGAAUAACAAAGAGGGUAACAAACAAAAAUAUUGUGUUGUUGAAGAGCAUGGAAAGCUUUGAAGAAAAAGUUUGUGUGUUUAUGGAUAUUGAAUCUGAGCUACAUGCCCCUCUUGAGGACCUAUGCUUGUCUGAACAAAGCAAUGACUCUGAGGAAUACCUAACACAAAGGACUUUGUAUUGGGAAUCUCAGAUAGCACUUCUUGAGGAAAUUUUGGAGCGACAUCAUAUGAUUGGGUCGAAAUUGAGACAAGAGGUUGGCAGAAUCAUAGACAAUAUCAAAGCUUCGGAUUAUUGCAGCUGUUUCAAGCCUAACUUUCAUUAUUGCACCACCUGUUUGAGAAGACUAGUGGCUGCUAUGCUAUGUGAAAGAGGAUUCACUACCAACCUUUGCACAUCAAGAUGGAAAACCACAAAUGAAUUUCCAGGAGGUUCACACGAAUACAUUGAAGUGAUUGCAAGCACAACAACAAGGAAGAAACAAGUAAGAUUUCUGAUUGAAUUGGAAUUGAAAGAGCAGUUCCAGAUUGCAAAAGCAGGUGAAGAAUACCAGAAACUUGUGUCUUGUUUGCCUGAAUUUUAUGUCGGGAAGCCAGAGUACUUAACCGCGAUUGUUCGACUUGUGUGUGAUGCUGCAAAGAAAUCAAUGAAGGAGAAGAAAAUGUAUCUGGCUCCUUGGAGGAAGAGCAGUUUCAUGCAAAUGAAGUGGUCAGGUUUCAAUCCAACAUAUCACCAUACACAAGCAAGUGAAUCUAACAUGAGCUUUUCAGGAGCUCCUAAUGCAGUGGUAGCAGUCAACUGAGUUGUUUCUUCCAUUACAAUUCCAGUGGUAGAUUUUGAAGGGGAAUUUUGGACUCAAGACCUCUUCAUUAGUAAGUAGGAAUAUAUUAUAAAGCAUAGUAUAGAGCAUUUGCAAUUCAUUGCCCUUUAGGUCCUAUGUUAUGUUAUGAUGUAAUGCAUGUUUCCACCCAGUAUUAGUUUCUAUUGUGUAUUGCUGUUAGAAAGCAAAUAAGUUUCACAAUGGAGGAAAGUCGAAAAACUCGGUGGUUAGAGUCAUGUGUCGCGUUUCUAGGUCGUCACCACUAGAUGUUGUCAGCAGAGAGUAGAGGAUGUCUGAAUUUGGUUGUGUUGUUCAGGUGUGAGAAGUCCCUUCCCAUCCUUCCUUCCCCUUUUCAACUUCAUGCUUCUACCAAAAUAAAAUAAAAUAAAUCUUUGAUGUUGAAG